UGUGUUUCUGACUUUCAUGGAUGGAAGGAAACCAUAGACCAGACAUCAUUACCCAGAAACCUCAGAUUUGCAUAUCACAAUCAGAAGGUGCUGGGUGUUUUCACCACAGGGGUCAUUCCUGCAGGGACCCACUUCGGCCCGCUGCUCGGAGAACAUCUUCACCCUGAACAUUUGCCUGCAAACAUCCACGGAAAACACAUCUGGAUGAUCUUCUCAGACGGGCGAUUGCAUCACUUCUUGUCUUGUGAGGAUGAGAGAGGCAGCAACUGGAUGCGCUGUGUAAAUUAUGCCCCGUCUCCUUGGCAACAGAAUCUUUCCGCAUUCCAAAUUGGAAUGCAGAUUUACUUCUAUGCCAUGAAGGUUCUAAUGCCGGGGGAGGAGCUACUGGUGGGGCGGAGCCUAAACCCUGAACAGCCAAUGAGCACCAGCCUCAGAACUGCCUACCUAAAACAGCCACUUCCUACACACUCUCAUUCUCAGCAUAAAGAUCAAGUGAGGAGGAGAAAGCGAGGUCACACGGUCACUGAAAUCCUGGAUCUGGAUCGCCGGACUGAUCAUCACACAGAAGCUCUUCCCAACAAACCGUUUAACUCCAUCACACAAAAGAAAUAUGGGGAAAAGGUGACCAGAGACCUGCAGAAUCCAAAAUUACCACCGUUUUUAAUGACUAAUGCCAUCUCUGAGGUCUCUUUAAACUUGAAAAUGGCAUCUAGUGUAGGGAAGCAUGUAUACACCUCUGCUAUCCCACAGUCCUCUGUGCCAAUGUAUAUAUGGCCUGUUAUUCAAUACAUGCCGUCACAUCAGCCAGUGGGUUUGGGCCGAACAACGCCACACAUGUCCUAUAAUAUUCCACCAAUCCACAUGUAUCCAUCUCUCUUGCAUCCAACAUCCAAUAAGAAUCAUCUGUCAUUAGCGUUGACCAGUAGAGGUGACUCCAUAAUUAAAGUGACAGACUCUGUAAAGAGAGAAACGAAUCGGAAAGGCUCUACAAACCAACCGCCAGCCCUCACUAAAGCAACCGGUCCGUCUCCGACUGAAGUGUCCAGUGCUGAUGACAUCACAGCCCAGAGAGACUCAGCUGAGAUGGGCGUGGCUUCCUCGGGUGUCUCCGCCUCCGCCAGUCACAGCACAGAGUCUCAGGAUGGCCAAAAGCGACAGAUUGUAGGUUACAAGUCUUUACCGUAUCCAUUACAGAGACAGAAUGGAAAGAUCCAGUAUAAGUGUAACGUGUGCGGAAAGAACUUCAGUCAACUGUCCAAUCUGAAGGUGCACCUGAGGGUUCACAGCGGUGAGAAACCAUACAAGUGCAAUAUCUGCAGGAGGAACUUUUCCCAGCUGGCUCACCUUCAAAAGCACAUCCAGGUUCAUACAGGAGAGAAACCACAUGAAUGCCAGGUGUGUAACAGGCGCUUCAGCAGCUGCAGUAACCUGAAGACUCACCAGCGGCUGCACUCGGGCGAAUCCAAAGGUUUGAUCUGAGUGAAGGUGCAGCGAAGCUUGAGGCUGCCAUGGAGGCGGAGUCUAUCAAGAAGAUGUGUCAGGUGUUCUGGCCGGGUGCAGCUCCACCUGUUGUCCAGCAGGGAGCAACACAAGCCCAAACAGUAGUGACACCUGAUUCAUCCAGCUCUCCUUCUCCAGAGAUUUCCAUUAGACAGAAAGAAGGAGAUCAGUAAAUUGUUGAUUGAGAUUGAGAUUUAAUUAAAUUAGCACUUUUAUUCAGCAAGGAUGCAUUCAAUUGAUCUAAAACUAACA